GAAAUGUUUUUUAUACAUUUAAUCACGUUACAAACGAUCCUCUGGUCUUUUAUAAUGUAUCGCAAUUUCUAAGAGGUUUUGAACCAAUUUCGUGCCUCGAUAAGUUCUGAUUCAUUGUUCCACGAAUAAGUGAAAGUUUAUCUAAAACACUUUUAGUAACGCAAGGUCAAUCGUCAUGGUUGAAACAAUUUUUAGUGGCGUAAGUAUAGGUAAUUGUAGAAAUCCAAAUAGUCAGAUAAUUUACAGAUAUCACGAUAACGCAGCUGGAACCGUUCACGAGUGGCAUUGAUUGAAACGCACAAAUGGGUGGAAUUAAUUGCAAAGGAUUGCUUCCAAGGAGUUCCAACAAUGCGCCGGAUAAAUCGGAGAAGACAGACUUAAAUUUGCGAUUCAUGUAAUGAAUGUAAACGUUAAGUAACAUUGACGGACAACUGCGGCGACAGUAGAACGCUUCGGCAAUAUGCGCUUUUGCGUCGCGAAGCGAUGUAUGAAAUUAUCGUUCGAUUCGGUAUUUCACACUUGUCUGAAAAUAAAUAGGAGGAAGAUGUCAGAAUUGCAAGACAGGAAGAUUCACACUUGCAGUGAGUGUAACAAAGAUGUUGAAGAGAUUAGGCGGUCGUAUAAUAAAGCGAAAUGUUGUUGCAGUUGUAAACCAGAAAAGUAUGACUACAUUGAAGAUGUGGUGUGCAAAGAAACGGAUAUCAAAGAAAAUGAAAUGAAACUUUUGCCACUUGGAGAAACUGGAGCAAAAGUUUUGUUGAUCAAACAGAAAGGAGAGUUACAUGCUAUUGGUACAAAGUGUACGCAUUAUGGAGCAUUGCUUCAUACAGGAGCACUGGGAGAUGGAAGAGUGAGAUGCCCAUGGCAUGGUGCAUGUUUUAACAUCAAAACAGGGGAUAUAGAAGAUUACCCAGGAUUGGACUCCUUACCCUGUUUCCAGGUAAAUGUGGAUAGUAGUGGCCUUGUACGUGUGAAAGGAAAGCGUAAAGAUUUAGAGUUUAAUAAAAGGACCAAACAAAUGUGUGAACAAGACCCUAGUAACCAAACUACUGUUGUAAUAGUUGGAGGUGGGCCAGCAGCUGCAGUUUGUGCAGAAAGUUUACGACAAGAAGGUUUCACAGGAAAUAUUAUUAUGGUUUGUAAGGAAAACACAGUACCAUACGAUAGAGUGAAAGUAUCCAAAACAUUAGAUCUAAGCAUUGAAAAGAUAGUUUUGAGGCCACUUUCAUUUUAUAAAAAUCACAAGAUUGAAAUUAAACGGGGUGUAGAGGCAACAGGAUUAAGUACAAGCGACAAUGUUGUUCAAUUGAGUAACCAUGAAAAAUUAACGUAUAAUUAUUUAUUUAUUUGUACUGGAAGUAUGGCCAGAGAGCCCGAUAUACCUAAUGCUAGUUUAGCUAACAUUCAUGUAUUAAGAAAUUAUGUGGAUUCUCAAGCUAUAUCCUCCAAGUUGUCACCAGAUAAACAUAUUGUAGUACUUGGAUUAGGCUUUAUUGGUAUGGAAGCUGCUGCUUAUUGUGUAAAUAAAUGCGCAUCUGUUACCAUCAUAGGGAGGGGUACAGUUCCUUUACAACCAGUUUUUGGUACAGCAAUCGGCGAUAGAAUCAAACGCCAUUUUGAAGAACAAGGCAUCAAAUUUAUAUUUGAACGUAACAUCGCACAGUUUGUUGCGAAAGAGGAUGAAAAGUCUGCUGUAGGCUCAGUUGUACUUACUAAUGGUGAAGUACUUCCUGCUGAUAUAGUGAUUAUUGGGAUUGGAUCUAAAUUAUAUACAGAUUGGUUAAAGGAUAGUCCUAUUGAAAUGUUACAAGAUGGCAGUAUUGUAGUGGAUAAGUACUUGAAAACAAACGUGGAAAACGUAUAUGCAGGUGGUGAUAUAGCAUAUGCACCGUUAUUUGGUUCUGAUGAUAUCUCAGCUGCAAUAGGUCAUUAUCCAUUAGCUCAUUACCAUGGUAAAAUAGCAGCAUUAAAUAUAUGUGCUAAAAUUACUCCCUUGAAUGCUGUACCAUUUUUCUGGACAACACUAUUUGGCAAGAGUUACAGAUAUGUUGGACAUGGAAAACCAGAUAAAGUAAGAAUUUAUGGGUCCUUGGAAAAUUUAGAAUUCUUUGCAUACUACAUUAAAGAUGGUAAAGUUAUUGCUAUAAGUAGUGUUGGAGCAGAUCCUAUUGCAGCAGACUUUGCAAAUUUCCUUCAGGAAGGAAAUAUAUUGACAGAAGCGGAGAUUGAAAAACAACGGUUUGACUGGAUAAGAAACAAACCGAAAGAUUUACAGAUUAGAUUUGAAACCGAGUCUGUCGUAGAUCCAUGAAUCAAAGAUAUAUAAAAAUGAAAAU